AUUGUCGGAUAUGUUUGGUGAACUGGAGAAGAGUCUUGAGGAGCUUGGGUUUGCCUCACUGGAGAUCCGUCCUACAAGUUUAGAGGACGUUGUCAUUGCUCUCAAUACCAUCAACUCAAUCGACUCUCACAGCCUUACCAAGACCAAAGUAACACCUACACCACAGCUGGAGAAAGAAGAAAACUUGAAGAACACUUUCAACUUCAAGCCACAGCAGACACAGGAAGGUGUGCAGUUGGGAGUACAGAGGUUCUUUGCACUGCUGUUGAAGCGACUCUUACACCACGGCAGAGAUUGGCGCUUUUAUGUGCAGAUGCUUCUUUUGCCACAACUGUUUAUUAUCUUGGCUCUAAUUGGAUCAAAAUGCCGCCCUGUAUAUGUGAACCCUGUUGCCCUCAAACUCACCCCUGACAUGUACAGUGCACCCACCACUACAUUCACCAGGACAUUGGACCCAACUUUACAACCACUGUCAGACGAGUUCCUGCGUUUGUCUGUUAGGCAGAAGGGCUCGGCAGAGAACUGGUCUACCUGUCCCAGUCAUGUUGCUGAUUAUAAUCCAGGACUCCCGCACUGUAAUGUUUCUGCCUCGAAUAUUACAUCACUGUGUAAGUGUGACGGUGAGCGGUGUGCGGUGGAAGUAGCAGACCAGCCGAGCCUUAAUGACUGGUUGCUGGGGACAAGACAGCAACACAUCCAAAGCAGAUACGGAGGAGUCACCCUGGGCGUGGAGGAUCCUCGCUUGAACAGUAACUUGUCAGGUGCGAUGGUGUGGUACGACAACUCUGGCUACCAUGCACUGCCGGCCUACCUCAACAUGCUCAAUAAUGCGAGGCUGCAGAGGCUUCUUGGGGAAGAUUACUCCAUCACCGUAGUUAAUAAGCCAAUCUUGUUCUCUGCUUAUGGCCUUGGAAGUAUGUCAUUAGAGCAGCGAGCAGCAGACAUAGGUAUAGGUCUGUUGAUCCUGGUGUCCCUGACUGUCGUGUGUUCUGCCACUGCCGGCUAUAUAGUUGCUGAGAGAGUGAGAGGUGAACGCAGAGUCCUGUUUGUCGCCGGCAUCACCAGACACAUGUACUGGAAUGCCAACAUGCUGUGGGAUAUUAUGUUGCUGCUGAUGAAUGUCCUGCUGACGACCUUCAUACUCUUGAUCUUUAACGAGCAAUUGUUCAUCUGGAGAGAGAACUUGGCCGCCUUCACCCUUCUGGCUAUCUUGUUUGGACUGAGCAUCCUCCCUCUCUUCUACCUGGUGGAGGGAUUCUUCCAGACUGAGGCAUCAGCCGUCUUCUUCUUCUUCUGUUCAACAUUUGGAAUCGGCUUCAUCACCACUUUACUUCUUAUUGUUUGUGAGGUGAUGAAGUGGGUGAAGGAGCUGAAAUUUGACAUUGGAUCCUCAAUGAUUAUCCUGACAGAUGUGGCAAAUGUUAUGAAGUAUGUGUUCCUCAUAUUUCCUCCCUUCACCUUUGCCUGUGGGAUCAAGGAUCUGGCUGUCAGCUUUACCAAGACCUCCAUAAUGGCUAGUUUUGAUGUGGAUGUAUAUGUGUCACCCUUCUCAUGGGACACUAAGAUGGAGGGGGGUCUUGGCCUACAUUACCUCACCUUGGCCCUGUGGACGGUGAUAGGUAUCAUGGUGUUGCACUGCUGGCACAAGUGUUUGAGACCCAUACCAAGAAAUACAGCUCCUGCCAAGAAUUUAGCUGGAGCAGAGGAAGACAAGGAUGUGGCGGCUGAAAGAAUUAAGAUCCAGUGUGGUGGCACUUCACUCUAUGACACAGUGCUGCGGCUGGUGGGCCUCGGAAGAGACUUCUCCUCUCCUCCAACAACAGCCGUCAGUAAUCUCUUCUUGGCUCUGAGACGAGGGGAGUGUUUCAGUCUUCUCGGCCUCAACGGAGCAGGAAAGACCACUGCCUUCCGCUGCCUCACUGGUGACAUACGACCUACGAGAGGACAGAUCCUGGUGAAUGGGCUGACCUUGGAGGAAGCGCUGGCUCUACCCUACCCCAUCAUGAGCUACUGCCCACAGACUCAUGCCCUGGACCCUAACCUUACAUCAAGAGAGGCCCUGUCAAUAAUGGCACUGAUCAGAGGUUUUCCACAGAGAGAGAUUGCUGGUGUGUUGGAGCAAGUCAUUAAGCAGCUGGGACUGAGUGGGGAGGACAACACAAUUAUAAAGCAACUGUCUGGUGGCACCAAGAGGAAGUUGUCCACAGCACUAACACUCUUAGGCAACCCACUGCUGGUGCUGCUUGAUGAACCUACCACUGGGAUGGACCCUGCCUCCCGGCGCUUGGUCUGGCGAGCAAUACAGAGUGUGACUCAGGACGGCCGCUCUGUCUUGCUCACAUCACAUUCCAUGGAUGAAGUCAACCAGCUGUCACACAGGAUGGCUAUCAUGGUUAAUGGAUAUUUUGUGUGUAUGGGAUCACCACAUUAUCUCAAACACAAACUUGGUGACAAGUACACGAUACGGCUGAAAACAAAUGAUAUUGAGGACAUGACGUACGUUGUGGACUUCUUACGCAGCCAACUUCAAGAUGUUCUGCUCAAGGAACAGCAUCACCUGACACUAGUAGUAGAAGUGAGUCGUCAUCUGCCACUACGACUCAUCUUUGACACACUUAAUUCUGCCAAGUCGAUGGGUGUCACAGAAUAUGAUGUGUCACAGACAACAUUAAAUGAGGUGUUCCGAGUGCUUACCUCACACCAGGGAGAUGGACAAGUGCCACCACCUCCCCCUUCAAACAGUCAUGAGCAGGUGACUCUUCCUAUGCACUUGUUAAACCUCCAUCCAGUUGACUAUGAAGAUACAUCAUCUGUUUCUACAUUCCAAACACCUAGAAUCUUAUUCCAACCAUCCAUGCUAGCACCAGUAGAGAAGCGUGGCCGAACAUCUGAUGAUCGUGAGAGCCUGUAUGAUAAUUUAGAAGUAGAUAAGCAGGAAAUAUAUGCCACAGUUGGCAAAGUUAGUAGCAUGAGAAAGCCUUCACCUGACUUGUAUCAGGGAAACGAUUCUCUGCCUUCUGAAAGUGGAUCAGCUGAUGACAGUCCAGAGGAAGAAUGGACACAUUUCUAACCAAGCAGAAUCACGUAGACAAUAAGAAAGAAGAUGCUUGUACAAAAUGAUGAUGCUGAGUUUAACAGUAUCCACUUUUUUAUAUAAUAAAAACAUACUUGACCAUGCAUUCAGGCAUAAAUUGAUGUACACUGGAGUACAGUAAACAUGCUUGAUUCAUGCAUUAAUAGAAUCUUUGAUAGAAAUUAAAAAAAAAGCAUCAGUAGGACCAGAAAUAAAGUAUCAUUUAUGUGGUUAAUUCUUACUGUGAUAAUUCCUCAACAAAGACCUGACACAGUAGGUAAACACGUCAGCAGAAAGGGUACAAGAAUGCAUUUUUAGUAAGAGAAUAACAAAGUACCUGAACAAUAUUAAUAUGGGCUACAAAAUUUACAGCUACCUGUAUGCUAUACUGGAUGUGGGUUUGAUCCUACAAACAGGCAGAAUGGUGGAGCAGAAGUCUGUCUUGUACAGUCACUCAUAUUCUGAGAUCCUAAUAUCAUCAUUAAAUUGACCUUGUUCAUCGCAUUAUACCUUUGUCCAAACUAAGCUUCUUCAGCAAAAAAGGAGAGUUCAUUCAUGUACUUACUCGACCAUGAUGUGGAUGAGUGUAUCGGGGAGAGGCCUCUCCUUGUUGAGGAGGGCAGACAUGUCCAAGGAGGCAGUAUGGUCUCAAACAUCACAAGGUAAGGAUACCCUGUUAUAUUCACCUCAUUAGUUGUGUUUGGAAAGAGACAUGAUCCGAGGCAGUGGUUCGUGCAGGUGAGUGACUGUACACAGACUCUGUUCCUGUCACGCCACACAUCAAAGCCCUAGCUAGUUAACCACUUAUUACAGUAAAAUCCAACAAUUACAAUAGUUGAAAAGGAUAAAUAACAAAUCCCCUCAUCUUUUUAUAUUUUUAGCUAAAUAAUAUGACUGUAGAAAAUAGAAAAUUUUGCUUGGGUCAGUAAAAUGAUGGAUAGUCUUAAAUGUCUUAUUCGGUAACACAACCUGUACUGCUUCCAAUAUUGUAUGAGUUUUGUGUUAGGUGUAAGUUGAUACUAAACACAGAAUAUUUGUAUGUACCGGUAUAUGCCAACAUGUCCACCACUGAUAGAAUUGCUGAACUGAACAUGUAAUAAAUAUUCAUGUCUGUAGUGACAAUCAUUGUUUUAUGUCAUUUAGCUGCAGAGAGAGACAUAACAAGUGUACUUACGUUUUAAUAUAGAAUAUUUGUAUUGUGACCUGCUUCGUAUCAUGGUACAGUACUUAGAAAAAUAUCAAUUUCAUAAAAUAUUUUCAUAAGUCUUCUGCUGUACAUUGAAAAUAAAAACAAUGUUGUAAAGUUUGUUUUAUAAAGUUGUUUAUUUUUUACAGUAUGUUUACUGCAUAUUACAUUAGUACAGUAAUGUCUUUGUUAACAGAAGUUUUGAAUAGGAAAACUACCUGUAAUAUCUUGUAAAUUAUAUGUAUUACUCCUACUGCUUUAAGAUUUCAACAUUAAUACAGUUAAGGUUUUGAGUCCUGUUCUGAUAACUUGUGUGUACUAAUGUAAGGUUUUACCCCCAUAUAUAUGUGAUACAAAGUCAAGUUUUAUAUAUCUGCCAUCAUUAACUGUACCUUUGUUUGACUUUUAUUAUUGUGUAAAACAAUCCUUCACUUUUAAAACAUUGAUCAACAUAAUUAUUAAAACAUUUGUGCCUUUACUCUGUGAUACUUGUUAGUAAGUUCCCAUCAUACAUCAUUACCUCAGUUCUUUGGGACCAUGAUCUUGCUGUGCCUCAUUAACCAAGGUGAUAGUGAUCAACAUUUAGCCCCGGCAAUAGUAGUUAUUCAGAAUGUAUGACAAUGAUGUUAGUUGUAAUGAAUUACUUGUGAUUAUCAGAGUCAGAGAGAAUAUUGUUUUCCAAGUACUGUACAGAUGUUGACCGCUAUAUGAUGGGGUUAGGGACAUAAAAAGGGUGAUCAAUUGUGUACCGAUAUUAUUAACUUCUGGGGUAAAACAGGUUCCCUGAAGAGGCAGAGUCAGCACUCAGAGUGGUUAGUUUUCAACUCGUAACUUCAGGUAGACAAAGUUAAUUUUCUUCAUUUUGUCUUUUAACUCUGUUACAUGCACACACAAUCUUAUACACAGAAUUUGCAAAAAUAAAAUAAUAAUAAUAAAAUAUAAAGGGAAUAAAUAUUUCUGAGGUGUGGGAGAGUUAUCUCACACAGCGGGGGAGCGGAGUGGGGGAUCUCAGCUGUUCUAUGUCUUGUGUAUUGUGAAAUACAGUAAUUGCCAAAUGGCAAUGCAAUACUUUUUCUUUUCUUUUAUUUAUAAGUAUUUUUUUGUUCCUCACAUUUACUGGUACAGUAUAUUUUAUUUUAUGUGCACAGUUCAGCUGCUCAGCCAGACAAUCAACGGGGGCGGGCAGAGCCUCCCAAACAUCCCGCAUGGGUCUCGUAUGUCACGCCACUCUGAGAUUGUGUCAUCAUAUCUCGGAAUAGCACUGACAAUGCAGGAAAAGCAUUCAUGUAGCCAUCGGGUAAAGACCAUUGUAAAUCUGAUCUAAGCAAUCAUAUAGCGGUACAGUACAGUAUUUGGUGGUAAUUUCUUAACACUGUAAAACUGAUCAACCACAUAUCAAUCAAUUGUAUAAUGGUCAGUACCUGUAUAAUAAAUUUUCUAUGAAAGUGUAAAGUAGCCAGAUAUCCUGAACCCUUCCUUCAGUUCUGGUUGGGAGUAUUCAGGACCAAGUGCCAACUACAGCUACCAUACUACACUACACUGCAUCAAAAAGUUUUAAGUGUCAUAGUUUUCUUUUUCACAUUUUUAUGAUCUUAAAUCUGGACAGUCUGUAUCUUGUUUAUCAUCUUUGCCUUUGGUCAACACACCAUCUAAUGUCUGUUACACACUCUUCACAUUACACUGGGCAUGUAUGGGCUCCUGAAUGUACCUGAACAUGUACCAAUGUUGAUCAAGUCUGGUUCAGGUGCAGUGAAGAGACUUACAGGCCCAGUACAGUAUUUGCCAACAGUGUGUAACAGACCAACUGCCCUAGUGGCUAAGGAACUGACCAUGAGUGAAGAUAAAGUAAAAUACAUCUUGACCAGGCCCAAGUUCUGUGGAUUGGAAGCCAUUACUGUAAUUAGUUAAUGUGAAAACAAGACAUUAUUGUUAUGUAGUUAGAUGUUAUGAUAUGUCCAGCACUGGUGUGGUUGUGCUCUCCUUGAAUUGAAAUAAAAAGACGUACUAAA